GUUUCGUUUUUGAAAAGAACAUGGACGGCGCCGGCCUUAUUCUAUAACGACGCCGACACUUGCUGUUAAACUUUAUAUUUGUGCGAUAUUGUGGAGAGUUGCGGCUUUCGUAGAAGUCAGCUUCACAAUGAAUAGAGCACGCGCUGAUACCUUUGAAGUCUGUGUGGGAGACGACGAACCGUGCGCAAGCGAGCGCAGCCCGGAACUGAAGCGUAAGCGUACAACGCUUACGGUGGGUGAAAAGCGCGAAGUUUGUAUGUGGAAGCGUGAGCACCCGCGGUCUACUCUACAUGAUGUCAUGCUUUGGUGUCGCAUCAACCUCGGUCUGGACAUCGGCAAGAGCUCUGUAUCCCGCAUCUUGCAGGAGAGUGACAAGUGGAUCAACACGGCGCCAGACGCCGUCAACUCGAUGGACUCGAGAAAUUCGCUUGGUGUCGAUAUGGAAAAGUCCCUUUUCACAUGGCUCCAAGACGCACGCUCCCGUGGGGUCUACGUAAGCGAUGCGAUGAUCGCCGAAAAGGCCCGCUCUCUUGGGAAGCUGCUCAAAAUGCCCGACAGUUUUUGCUAUUCAAGAGGUUGGCUGCAUCGUUUCAAGUCAAGACAUGGGAUUUGUAAUAGCAGACCACAUGGAAGCAGCUCACCUACACCUGCUGGGCGCAAGGAUGCAUCAGAAGAGUUGCCCAGAAGUACCAGCCAUGUCCAAUUACAGACAGUUCUUGCUGAUUACACCCUGAACAAUAUCUACUAUGCUCAAGAGAUGGUUUUUUCCUACGCUGCAUUGCCAAUGAAAGGAAGCACAAGGGAGAAGCAGAGAUAUAAAAAACAGAGGCUAGUAGUUGGUCUACUUUACAACUUAUCGGGUUCACAUCGCUGGAGGCCUAUUGUUGUCGGUGGUACCAAACGGCCCCACAGUUUCGGGACCCUUUUUGAUCCCGAUAUAUACUGUAACUACAACUAUGAACCGAAAGUGUGCCUGACUGCAAGCAUUCUCGUAUGUCAUUUGAAGAGUUUGGAUGAGAAUCUAUGCAAGGAAAAACGACGCGCCAUCAUGCUAAUUGAUGAGGCGAGGACUGAUGCCUUGAAUGAUGUGUACUUCUGCAACCUGCAGGUUCACUUCUUGCCUUCAGAUUGUGUCUCUGAUAUUGCAACAGGGAAUUCCUCUGUAAUUCAUGGUGUAAAAGCCCUGUACCGGAGAGAUCUUGUGCUGCACAGUGCUAUGUGUAAAGAUGCUGAACUGCAGACUGAAAUCAGUGUUCGCUGGGCACUUCGAACACUCUCACAGGCCUGGAUGUCUCUUCCAUCUCAAGUUAUCUUGGAUUCUUGGGGGCAAACAGGCCUUCUGCCAUUCCAGCAAUUAGAGAGAACAGCUAGUGACACAUGCAAGAGCUUAGUUCAGGAACUUCAGAAACUUUUGGACAUUGUUUACCCUCGUAGGGCUGGUGCUGAAGCAUAUAUAAGAGUUGAUGACUGUGAUGGUGUGGACGAGGGUCUGUACACAGCUUUUCAUGAGCAGCCAGAGUGUAUUGCCUCAAUUCUGGAACCAAACCACACUGAUGCUUGGAGAGGCCUUCACACCUUGAUUACAUACCUUGAACAAGAAGGAGACGCGAGCACAAUACGAGAGCUUGCCAAGUUAGAGAAAAAGCUAAACUUGAAAAUUCUGAAGUAGAGUUCACAGUCUUAAGUGGUUUUCGCAUUAAAAGUUUUUCAUUAUUUUAUCGCUUCAAUACCAUGGCAGAACUGAAAACAUUUUUAAAGGACUACUGAUAUGGCAUUUUUCAUACUGGCGUGCCUCAAAGCUCCACAAAUAAGUUACUACAGUAGCUUUUCAAUACACCAGUUUUGUUCUUGUUUUCCAGUUAUGUGUCAUGACACAGAAGUACGGUCACAUGAGAGUGGAAUACUGUGAUGUUUGGCCAUUCACUCUGGCUCGCUCAAUUGUCUGCUACGCUGCUACAUUGGGCCUAGUAGUAGCAUAGCAAACAACUAAGUGAGCCAGGGAAAGUGCAAAAACACCAUGAUGUUCUCCUCCCAAGUGACCACUUUCUGCAUCAUAAUGUCGUGACUCAUAUACACCUGCUGAAAAACGAGACUGAAAGUGGUUUGUAGAAAAGCUAUCAUAUAAAUUAUUUAGGGUACUCUAAGGUUGCAAGUAUUUUUCUCAAGGUUUUGAGCUCAGGGACCUUCGUUUACAGCAAAAAAAGGAAUGAAAGGCCUGAAAGGUCUUGUCAGUGCUCAUUUAAGACACUCAGCAAUAAGUUAUAUACUUCACUCCAGAGCCCUUGUGUAGCAUGGCUCAGGGUGCAGAAAUCUUGGCUGCCACACUAAAGAGAUUAUGUUUGAAAGUAACUAGCACUGUGCAGAACUGCUGGCUAAAAAUCUUGACAUAUCACACAAAACUGAGAGCCUGCUUGCAUUUACCGACUCCAUGGUGACCAUGGACACCUUGAAUCAAACUAUUAAACCCAGAAUGUGUUUCAAAUAUACGAAAACAUGUGCAUAAGGUCCAAACAAAACGUCGUGCACAGGAAGAUGGAGACGGAUGUGAUCAACAGUUGGACAAGAGAUGUCUCUAAAGCUUACCUUGCAACUAGAGGACAAGCACUCUUCACAUGAGGAGCCCUGGGGGCCUGGCUCCCCCUCCACCCCCCAAGAAAUACCGGAACUUCAGCGCUGACAUAACCUGCGCUUGCAUAACCAGGCAUGGCCUGUGCCUGCUGGAGAAACUAUGUGUGUACAUGUCUUUGCUUGGUGGUAUAUAUGAAUAUACAGUACAAUUAAACUGCAGUGGCAAUAAGA